GACAACUUCUUCUUAACGAAACUCUGCAGAAACAGGGACACCCUCUUAACCCCAACAGAAACAGAGCAGAACAGAGAGAACAAAACUCUGCAAAAUCCCACUUCCACUCAUUUCUUCUUCUUUCUUUUAGCAACACACAAAACAUACACAAGGAAAAGAGAUAGCAAUAAGACAAUCUCAUUCUACUUCCUUCUACUCUUAGCCGAUACACCACACACACAAACAGAAGCCAAAAACAAAUCCAAAAAGGACAACAAAAAAAACCUCACUACAAACAUCCUCCCCUGCCGCCAACAUCAGCAAAAGCACAAAGGAGGUAGCGGACAAAGAAGCUCAGAGAAUCAAGGAGAGGGAGAAUCAUCACCCAAACAACAAAAAAGGUCAAAAAGAUCCAAGGUUGUGCUCAUUCUAGAUGAAAUUCGAUGACAGCAAAAGAAGUCAACG